CCCACAGAAUCUGACAGAACCACAGAGAAGAUGCUUCCACGGCUGGUUCUCGUCGCUCUGCUGAGCCUCACAUGGAAAACAGUGAGCGGACUGCCCUGCAGCCAGAUGUUUGCUUCCCAGCUGCCUCCGUCCACCGUGGACGGCGUUCGACCCUCAGACGUGGCUGUGGUUUCCUCCAUCGGACUUCACGUGCACAGCACCGAGCUGUCCACAGUGGUGGCAAGACUCACAGAGCUGAUGUUCAUGUUCAAUCCUGCACUGAUCAGCCCCCCCUCAGUGGAAACAAACCUUUACGCCCCUCAACAAAGGACACUGGUGGAUCAGGCAGAGGACGUGUCCCUCCAGCUCCGGAACAACAAGGUGACUGACGUGGACAGAGACUGGAAGCUGGUGCUUCUGUUCGUUCAGGUGGAUCGUCUCUGUGCCGUCAAGCAGCAGCAGGUUCAGUCUGUUCUCCAGACGCUGGUUGAAGAGGUGGAUGAAGCUCUGCAGCUGCUGCGCUCUCAGGUGAAGCAGACAAUCGUCAGCAUUGCAUUGUGGGAUGGAGAACAGCACAAGACGUGCAUGGGAACAAACAGCGAAGGAGAAGUCAGACUCCUGAGGACCAUGCUGACUCAGUCUCUGCAGGAGUCCCUGGACGAGCUCCUGGUAAAGAGACGCUGGUACAACGACAGAGACGACUUCACCGUCACUCUGCAGGACCAACCUCUCAUCACAGGUCUUUAUAAACAGAGCGGGAAACAUGUAUCUGAGUCAGAAGCUACACAACAGACUGAUAACCUGAUGAUGCAGAUGUGGACAAACCUGCUGCAGCCCACAGUCGGCCAACACAACACAGACGACAGUGGAAACAUCAUGACGCUGCCAUGUCCAGCUGAGGACCGACCCUUCCUGAGGACGGAGGGAAACUCUCCUUCAAAUAGCCCCAGUGAUGUGUCUCCUCUACUUGUCCCUUUCAUGGGAACAGAGAUGCCCUGCGACGACUUCAGCCCCUCGGCCUCCGUACCCACCUCAGUUCAUGAACUCAGGCCUGCAGACAUCAAAGUGGUGGCUGCUGUGGGAGACUCUCUGACAGUGAAACCAUGUUAUCUCUCCUUUGCCAGAAUUCUGUGCCCUUGCGUUGUUUUGCCAAAGUCCAACUCUAAAGCUCUUGAGAUGUUGGAUAACAUGAACAGAAUUUAUCAGCGUUCUCUCCAUGAGCUCGUGGAGUCCGGCCGCUACGACACUCGCUCAGACUUCACCGUGGUCAUCCAGCCUUUCUUCAGGGACAUCGUUGUGCCCAGACUGCCGGAUGGUCGUCCUGAUCGCUCCUUCUUCAGUGCCGACUGCUUCCACCUCAGCCAGAAGGCCCAAACACUGAUGGCUCGCUCCCUCUGGAACAACAUGCUGGAACCUCUGGGCAACAAAACGUCCCAACAGGAUUUCUCUGCAGAUAUUGACCUGAAUUGUCCAACCAAGACUUCACCGUAUAUUCGCACCUUUAACAACAGCCAUUACAAUUACACUGGUCCCUCCCCAGCACCUGGACCCAUUACAAACUGGGGAAGUGACUUCUCCUGUGUGGACCUUGUUCCAUCCGACACCAUCCCGACUUCAGUUCACAAGCUGAGACCGGCUGACAUCAUGGUGGUGGCAGCGCUGGGAGACUCUUUAACGGUCGGCACCGGAGCGAAAGCAAAGAGCUACUUUAACCUCAAAAACGAAUAUAAAGGAGUAUCAUGGAGCAUCGGGGGGGAUAUGGAUCUGGGGAAUGUCACAACACUUCCUAACAUCUUGAGGAAGUUCAACCCGUCCCUGAAGGGCUUCUCUACAGAUCAGGGUCUGGUCAAAAAGAAGGGCUUCAACAUGGCUGCACCUGGAGCUAAGACCUCAGACAUUCCAGCACAAGUGCAGGCUCUCAUCAAGGCCAUGAGAGAGGAUAAGAAGGUGAAUUUUGAAAACGACUGGAAACUUGUAACCAUAUUUGUCGGGGGAAACGAUCUUUGCCAUUAUUGCGUAGACCAAAAUAAUCUGUCACCUAAGAAUUACAGCCACAAUCUUAUGAUUGGUUUGGACAUGCUCCACAAAGAGGUACCGAGACUGUUGGUCAACGUUGUGGAAAUUCUGGAGAUACUUCCUUUGAGAACAGUUAAGAGGACUUCACUGCCCUGUUCUCUACUGCCCAGGAACAGUUGUCCCUGUCUCAUAAACCCAGCGGAAAACUCCCCAGAGCUUGAAGAGAUAAAACGAAUCAAUCAGGAGUACCAGAUUGAGAUCCAGCAUCUUAUUUCUGGAGAUCGCUAUGAGGGGAAGGAGGAUUUUGCCGUCGUCCUUCAACCAUUUCUACACAAUACCUUCAUCCCUCAUAUUGGAAAGGGAGAGGCCGACCCCAGUUUCUUCUCCGUCGACUGUUUCCACAUCAGUGAGCGAGCUCACGCUGAGAUGGCCAUCGCCCUUUGGAACAACAUGCUGGAGCCCGUCGGGAGGAAGCAGCCGUACAAUAACUUCACGUAUGAUCGCUCCAAGAUUCACUGUCCGUCUCAGGCCAGUCCCUUUGUCUUCACAAAGAAAAACAGUCUUCCACGUCCUCCAGUAACCCUCCCACCUAUCUCCAGUCCUACAUCAGCCACCCCUGUAGUGGAGUGUCCCUCCUCCCUGCCCGUGUGGGUGCCAGUGGUCGCGGGAGUCGUCAGUUUACUGGCUGGCAUCACCGUCGCCUGGCUGCUGUUCUCCUGCUGUCAAGGACCGAAAAACAAAGUGCGGAGAGGAGUGGAAAUGAAUGCAACCAACUUUUAAUACCAACAUUCUCAUUGUCAACAGUAGUUCAAGCCUUGAAGCUGCUUUAAGCAUCGUUUAUAAGAUAAUUUUUGAAGAGGACAGACUGUAAAAAGUAAAAACAGCCACAUUGAUCGAACAUUAGGGUUUUCAUUCUUGCCACUUGUUCAAUUCAGGCCAAUAUUUGGUCCAUCACCUCUUAUCAGAAUCAUCUGUGGGUUUAUGUUUUGCCAAAAGUUUGACUCUGCUGCUUGUUUGCUCUCUGUUUUUAUUCUGUCAGUUUCUCACCUUGUCUGAGAGGUGGCAGCAGCAGUUCAGUUUUAUUUUAGGGUGUGAACCACUGUGGCUCAGCACAUAGGAAAUAAUAUGUAGGAAAAACACAGUAAAGGAAUAAAACCUGCAAAGAGCUGUAGACAAGUAUGUAAAUUAUCUGUUGAACUGGCAGUACUGUUUCAAGUACUCAAAUAAUUCAAUGCUAGUUCAAAAAAUAUCUCUUAAUUAUACUUAAGUAUGUAAAUUAUGUGUCAUUUUUUUUGUACUGCAUAGAGAUUGUGAAAUUUUCCAAAUGCAACUGACUGAAAUCCAGGAACUUUGCACAUUUUAUUUUAUCAUUUCUAUUUAUUGACAAAAUUAAAACUCUACAAUAACCAAGUUAAUCGUCACGUGUCUUCUCGUCAAUGGAAGUGAUGGAGGUUUUGUGAAUUUGGGCCAUACAAAUAAAAUUUGAUUUGAUAAAGUACUCAAAUAUAAAGGGCCCAUUAAGAAACAAUCCGUACAAUUUAGAUGAUCACACUGGUGGAAACCUUACAAGGAUUGUUUUUAUAUUUGCAUGUGUUUUCCUAAUCUGCAGUGCGCUGAGCUCUCUUUCUGUAAUUUCAGUAAAAUAAAAAAAAAAUAAAAAAAUAA